AUGGUGGUUGAGCUUAUGAUUGAUCCUGAACAAUAUGAGCAUUGGAAAGUGAAGAUGAAGGCAAGCUUUCAAAGUAUUGAUCUGGAUGUUUGGGCAUCAGUGGAAGAUGGCUAUGAAGUUCCCAAAAUAAUAGAUAAAGAUGGUGUUGUGGUCAAUAAACCAUUGGCUAAAUGGACAAAGUGUGAGAAGGAGAUGUCAAAGUAUAAUGCAAAAGCUUUAUGUGGAACUGAGAAAGUUAAGAGUUCAAGGAUGGAUUUUUUCAAAUCAAAAUUUGAGAACUUGAAGAUGGAAGAACAUGAAUCUGUAUCAGAUUUUAGUUCUCAACUCAGUGCGUUAGCACAAGAGGCUCGUGUUCUGGGCAUGGAAUACAAGGACAAGAAACUGGUGAAGAAAUUUAUAAGGCAGCAAUAUUCUGAAUCUGAGGAGAGAAAAUAUGAUGAAGGACAAGAUGAUGAUCUCAAAGAGUGCUACAAACAAGUGUGUGGAACGUUACUAAAGCUUGGAAAAGAGAAUAUGGUGCUAGUAAAAGAGCAGAGACGUCUUGAAGCACUUAUUGAAGUUCUACAGAAGGACUUGCAAAAAGGAAAAACAAAGAGUGUAUCCAUGUCUGCAAUGAAGCCAAUAGUUAGGAUGUAUGCAAGGACUACUUCAUAUGGAAAGACUGCAGUGAAGACUGCAACUGCAACGAGAACUGCUUCAUCGUCUGCUACAAGGAAAAUUCCAGAGUUCAAGGACAUAUUCGACGUGAUUGUUUCAAGUUGGUUGAUCAAAGAGGCACAUCAAAAAGUGGAGCCAAAGAAGCUUGUUAGGAAGUACGUCGGGACGUGCGACAAGGAGUGCGGCAUAAAGCUCUACAGCAUGUAG